UCCUUUCGGCGGCCAUCCUUUGCUGUCCUCAUUCCAGCUUCAAGUUGUUGUCUUUUGUCUUCACGACUCGUUAUCUACUCAGCUUGCUUUAUACCCUAUUGCUUUACCAAUUCGCCAACUGAACAACAAUCAAGAUGCCUGUCCGAGGUUCUGACAUCGUCCUCAUUCUUGUCGCCAUCAUCUUCCCUCCAGCCGCCGCCGCUAUCAUCACCGGCUGCAGCUGUGACUUGCUCAUCAACAUCCUCUUGACCAUCUUGGGUUACCUGCCUGGUCAUAUCCACGCCUUCUGGCUCAUUUACAAGCGCAUCAAGGCCGAAGAGGCAUAUGGGAAUGGUGGCUACACCUAUCUUGGAAACGGCAACUUUGUCGGAAACGCUCCUGGUGGUGUUGCCCCUGGCGCUCCUGCCCAGCAGCCGUACUACGGUUCUACCCGUUAAGCUGUCGGUAUGGCUUAUCGGAGAAGCCCGGUGUACAUUCUCAUAAUUCGAAGAAGAAAGAACAUGGACAGACUGGAUUGUCAUUUAUACAAAGUCGAGAUGUGAUGUACUAGCGUUCUGUCGAGUUAUCGUCCAUGCGAUAGUCCACGGCGCCAGUGUACGCGAAAUCCUGUUCAAAGAACAAAUUCGGAAACCCAAAUAACCAACAUGCCUGAAAUACUAAUAUAUCUAUAUUGGUACACAUUGCCCUAUGCCAUAGACCUACA